AUGAGCGAGGAAAAAACAGACAAGCCAGAAAAGCAGGUCAAGAUCGAGGAGCCGGCUUCUGAGCCCGGAAAGAUCUCGAACAAAGAGCUAAAAGAAUUGAAAAAAAAGGAAAAGGCCGCCAAGAGAGCCGCCCAGAAGGAAGCGGCGGGCAUCACGCCCGAGCAGCAGGAACAAAUGGCCCAGCAGAAGAUCGAGAAGAAGGCUCUGCAGGUCACAAACACAAACUUGAAGAAGCAGUUGUCUCAGGCCGUUUACAAAGACGACGCCAAGAAAAUCCCGGUGCUUUUCAGCCACUUGGAGACGCGGGAGCAGCGGAAUGCCUCGUCGCCAACCGUGUCGCACAUUGUGCACCCUGCCAUUUUGACGUUGAGCUUGAAUGUGGCAAGCCACAAAAUCGUCGGCUCGACGGCGCGCUUGCGUGAGAUGUUGAAGGUGUUCAAAGCAGUGAUCCUCGACUACAAAACCCCGGAAAACACCACCUUGACGCGGCACUUGACGGGGCACCUCUCCCACCAAAUCGAAUACUUGAAAAGCGCACGUCCCUUGUCGUUAUCUAUGGGUAACGGUAUCCGGUGGUUGAAGCAAGAAAUCUCGCUCAUCUCUAUCGACACCAGCGAGCACGACGCCAAGGAAAUCUUGUUGCAGAGAAUCGACGACUUCAUCCGCGAGCGCAUCGAGCUUUCGGACCAGCUCAUUAUCGAAAACUCUUCGCAUCACAUCACCGACGGCUGUACGGUGUUGACGUUCGGCCACUCGGAGGUCUUGCUCCAGCUCUUCCAGCAUUGCGUAGUGGAAGAGGGAAAGUCGUUCAACUUGGUCAUCGUGGACCUGCAUCCUUUGUUCGAAGGCAAGAAGCUCUUGGAGGGUCUUGUGGACACGAAGAUCAAGGCCCAGGAAGACGAGGACCCGCCGACGCCCCACUCACGCCGCACUCUCCCCACCCCUUCGAUAACUCAAGAAAAACUCAAAAUUACAUACGUGUUGAUCAACCUGUUAUCGUCCACGGUAUUGGAGGAUGUGGACCUAGCCUUUUUGGGCGCCCAUGCGAUGCUCUCGAACGGGUACUUGUACUCGCGCGUGGGCACGGCGAUGAUAGCCAUGAUGUGCAACCGCAGAAACAUCUCUGUGUUGACGUGCUGCGAGUCUAUCAAGUUUUCGGACCGUGUGCAGUUGGAUUCUGUGACCACAAACGAGUUGGCGGAUCCAGACGACCUUCUUACAAACAUCGACUCGAAACAUCCGCCUCAGAGAAAGUCAAUGGCCUUGGAGCAAUUCAUCAAACUGAAGGAGGAGCUGAAGAAAGAUGAUGCGCCUGUACGGAAACAGGGCAACAGCGACAAAAAAGAUGCGGCUGCCGACGACUCCAAGCUGGAGCCGUUGAAGAACUGGAAGUCCAUUGCGCAGCUCAAUAUCUUGAACAUCAUGUACGACUUGACUCCGCCGCAUUACAUCAACAAGGUCGUUACGGAGUUUGGUGCCUUGCCGCCAUCGUCGGUUCCAGUGAUUUUGAGAGAGUACAAAAAUGCGUAG